CAAUUCCCGCUUAUCGGCCGCCAAAGCGCCUGUCACCUGCGAGCCGUCGCGUCUCCACGAGAGUCUCCCGCUUCCGGAAGACCCCCGUCGGCCUACCCCCGCCGGCGUUUUCCGCAUUGACGCCGGCGCGGGGAGCAUUUAACUUGGCUAGCCUUAGCUCCCUGCCGGAGGUUUAGCUCAAUGGCAAAGCUACCACAUUAGCCUCUUAAAUGAGGAAAGUGGGGAUAGCAGCAACACGCAAAGGGCGGAUGGAAGAUAGGAAGGCCUGGCCGUGAGGGGUCCUUGGAAGGCAGUGGGACGUGUUUUUGUUUGCACAAUCCCACGCAGGAGCCGCGAUAUCUUCUGUCAAAACAAAGGCUCCCUUCAGUUUGAGGAUAAAUGGGCCCUAAUGCGUCCCAUCGUACUAAAACUGUUACGGCAAGAGUCGGUCACCAAGCAGCAGUGGUUCGACCUUUUCUCGUGAGUUUGACCCAAAAAAAAGUUAAUCCUAAAGGGAAACUUUGUUUAGGCGAUGUCGUCUUCUCGUGCAGAGAUGUCCACGCCGUGUGCCUGUGGGAUGACAAAGGUCCUGCUAAGAUCCACCAGGCCCUUAAAGAGGACAUCCUCGACUUUAUCAAACAAGCACAAGCGCGGGUGCUGAGUCACCAGGAUGACACAGCAUUGCUGAAGGCCUACAUUGUGGAGUGGCGCAAGUUCUUCACGCAGUGCGACAUUUUGCCCAAGCCCUUCUGCCAGCUGGAGAUCACCUUGAUGGGCAAGCAGGGCACCACCAAGAAGUCCAAUGUGGAGGACAGCAUCGUGCGAAAGCUGAUGCUGGACACGUGGAACGAGUCCAUCUUCUCCAACAUCAAGAGCAGGCUACAAGAUAGCGCAAUGAAGCUGGUCCAUGCCGAACGGCUGGGGGAAGCCUUCGAUUCUCAGUUGGUCAUCGGAGUACGAGAGUCCUACGUGAACUUGUGCUCAAACCCCGACGACAAGCUGCAGAUCUACAGGGACAACUUUGAAAAAGCCUACAUGGAUUCUACCGAGCGCUUCUACAGAACGCAGGCGCCCGCUUACCUCCAGCAAAACGGCGUCCAGAACUACAUGAAAUACGCUGAUUCCAAGUUGAGGGAAGAAGAAAAACGUGCAAUUCGCUACCUGGAGACAAGGCGUGACUGCAACUCUGUACAAGCGCUGAUGGAGUGCUGCGUCAAUGCCCUUGUAACGGCCUUCAAGGAGACCAUCUUGGCCGAGUGUCCCGGCAUGAUCAAGAGGAAUGAAACAGACAAGCUGCACUUGAUGUUCUCGCUGAUGGACAAAGUGCCAAACGGAAUCGAGCCCAUGCUUAAGGACCUGGAGGAACACAUCGUGAGCGCCGGCCUCGCCGACAUGGUGGCCUCCGCCGAGACCAUCACCUCGGACUCGGAGAAGUACGUGGAGCAGCUGCUCACAUUGUUCAACCGCUUCAGUCGGCUUGUGAAAGAGGCCUUCCAGGAUGACCCUCGGUUCCUCACCGCCAGAGACAAAGCCUACAAAGCCGUUGUCAACGAUGCCACCAUCUUUAAAUUAGAACUUCCUAUGAAACAGAAAGGCGCGGGCUUGAAAACACAACCUGAGUCCAAGUGUCCAGAGCUGCUGGCCAACUACUGCGACAUGCUGCUCAGGAAGACGCCGCUCAGCAAGAAGCUCACAUCCGAGGAGAUUGAGGCCAAGCUCAAGGAAGUGCUGUUGGUUCUGAAAUACGUCCAGAACAAAGACGUGUUCAUGCGCUACCACAAGGCCCACCUGACGCGCCGCCUCAUCCUGGACAUCUCGGCUGACAGUGAAAUCGAGGAGAACAUGGUGGAGUGGCUCAGGGAAGUGGGGAUGCCGGCGGACUAUGUCAACAAGCUGGCCAGGAUGUUUCAGGACAUUAAAGUGUCUGAGGACCUCAACCAGUCUUUCAAAGAAAUGCACAAACACAACAAGCUGGCUCUCCCAGCCGACUCUGUCAACAUCAAGAUCCUGAACGCCGGCGCGUGGUCACGCAGCAGCGAGAAGGUGUUUGUCUCGCUGCCCACGGAGCUGGAGGACUUGAUCCCAGAGGUGGAGGACUUCUACAAGAAGAACCACAGUGGACGCAAAUUACAUUGGCAUCACCUCAUGUCCAAUGGCAUUAUCACCUUCAAGAACGAGGUGGGCCAGUACGACCUGGAGGUGACGACCUUUCAGCUGGCCGUGCUCUUCGCCUGGAACCAGAGGCCCAGGGAAAGGAUCAGCUUCGAGAACCUCAAGCUCGCCACCGAGCUACCCGAUGCUGAGCUGCGCCGCACUCUCUGGUCCUUGGUGGCGUUCCCCAAGCUGAAGCGGCAAGUGCUGUCGUACGACCCAGCGGUGUCGUCGCCCAAAGACUUUGCUGAAGGAACGUUGUUCUACAUCAAUCAAGAGUUUUCACUUAUAAAAAAUUCCAAAGUCCAGAAGCGGGGAAAGAUCAACCUGAUAGGUCGACUGCAGCUCACUACGGAGAGAAUGCGAGAGGAGGAGAACGAGGGCAUCGUGCAGCUCCGGAUACUCAGAACCCAGGAGGCCAUCAUCCAGAUCAUGAAAAUGAGGAAACGCAUCAACAAUGCACAGCUGCAGACAGAGCUCGUGGAGAUCUUAAAGAACAUGUUUUUACCACAGAAGAAGAUGAUCAAGGAGCAGAUUGAGUGGCUUAUCGACCACAAGUACAUCAAGCGGGAUGAGGCCGACAUAAACACCUUCAUCUACAUGGCAUAGCACGACACUUUGGACUUUCUCCCCCCCCACUCAAAGAGGCCUGACAGACGCUCGACCACUUCUCGGCCCGCUCUGCCCCCGUCGCACCAUUUCCCACUCCCCCGUGCUCUAUUUAAAAUGAAAUCCUGUGCAGGGAGGCAUGAAUCAAAAGACUACUUCAAAACACUUCCUGCCUUAAGGUUGCAUCAAGAAGAAAAGCAAAGCCUGCCCCUCAUGGUUUUCACUGUUUUUAUUUGGGACGCUGCCAUUCAUGUUUUGUUUCACUCUUUCCGAAACGCUGCGACGGCGUGCCGGCUAGCUCACGCCUACCCGACGCUUGUGGAAUCCUACAGACAAACGCUGCGGGAUGUGGGGGAGGAAACACACAAUUUAUCUUUGCCUGUGCGAGCAAAGCCACCAGCUAGUCGCUUUAAGGCACUGUGGGGCUUGGGCUUAGUUUGUGUUGUUCUUGUGAGAGUAAGUAUCACUUAAUCAGGAAUUCCCUUUUUUGCGUACAGUGCCAGAUCGACACGGGACCGCCUUUAGCCCCCCCCUACCCCAGAAUUCAAAUUUCGGUUUUCUGAGGGGGAUAAAGGAAGAAGUGAGAUGGACGUUUUGGAUUGCGGAAUGUCCUCAGGGUCAACGAAGGGCGGUGUUGAAGGUUUAAACCGGGUCAGAAGCCCGAGUCAGUAUUAUCAAAAGCUUUUCAGCAGUGUGUACCGCGAGAUGUGAAUAAAUAAAAUAAACAGCACCUUAACGUGAAA